CCGAAUGAAGUGAAGGGAGCAUUCCCACCUAACCUAUUCGUUGCUUCUUCACACUCACCCGAGCUCAUCACCGCAUCAUCACAUUGCAAUAAAUUCCCUAUCGCUGAGAUACCCUCAUCACGCACGCCAUGACCACUCUCGCAUUCCAAAACAUUCACGUCCCUUCGCCCGGCUACGGAGCCAUGUCGCUCUCACACGCCUACGGGCCAGCGGAUGAUGAUGAGAGUAUACGAGUGCUCAAGACGGCUCUCGACUCGGGAUGUACCUUCUGGGAUACUGCCGUGGUAUACGGAAUGGGGCAUAACGAAUCACUCAUCGGUCGGUUCCUGAAAGAGAAUCCUGACGCAAGGGAGAAACUCUUCAUAGCGAGUAAAUGUGGUUGGGAUCUCGACUUUGAGAAGAAAGAGAAUCACGGAGUGACCAAUAAAGUCGCUCACAUUCAAGAAUACAUCCAAGGAACUAUCAAACGAUUAGGUACCACCCCGGAUCUAUACUAUCUUCACCGAAUGAAACCUGAGGAAACGCCAUUGUCAGAGAGUAUCGCAGCACUGGACGGCUUGAAAAAGGCGGGUAAAUGCAAGUAUAUCGGAUUGAGCGAACCGAGUGCGCGGACACUACGCAAGGCUUGUGAGGUCGCCCAUAUCGACGCUAUUCAGAUCGAGUACUCUCCCUGGUUCAUUGAUCACGAGCGAGAUGGUCUUAUCGACGCAGCUAGAGAAUUGGGCGUCAGUAUAGUCGCCUAUUCUCCACUCGGAAAAGGUCUCUUGACUGGUAAACAUCGAGACGCAUCGGCUUUCUCAAAGGAUAUCCGAGGGACAGCUCCUCGAUAUACUGGUGAGAACUUUGACAAGAACUUGGCACUGGUCGACGAAUUCGAACGUCUUGCAAAGUCGAAAGGAUGUACCCCUGGUCAACUGAGUUUGGCCUGGGUCGCCGCUCAAGGUGCUAUACCUAUUCCCGGUACCAAGAAUGCAGAUAGAGUCAAGGAGAAUUGGGGCGCCAACAAGGUGACGUUGACGGAAGGCGAGUUGAAGGAGAUCAGGAAAGUCAUCCAGGAGAAUGAGCCUGUGGGUGAUAGGUACGCUGAGGGACACAUGGCUCUCGUUGGUAAAUGAGGACGUGCUUUACCCGCUCUGGUAGCGGAGCAGAGCUUUGGGCACUGUGACA